CCUGCUCCAUUCCUUCCAAUCCGUUCACUUCCAUUCACAGUAAAUAGAAGCAUGGAGGCUUGACUCUCGGGAUCUAACGUCGAACAGCGGGGGGUAAAGACGCUGCCGCAUGCGCUGUGGGUGAAACUACACCGCCGGGAGAAAACAGGAGCGCAAUAAGCGCAUUGUCAUUUAUAAUUUAGUCAUUUUAGGGAAAAGGAGGAGUGUAUUUGGGGAGCGGAGCGGAGCAUGAAGCGGAUGGCCGUAGUGGCCAGGCACAAUGGCCUCGUCUCUCCUUUGGGGAACAACAACUCCGGGGCUUCGAGCAUCGUCUCCCCACCCCAAGCGAAAGCCACGAAUGUCUCCGCCUGUGCUGACACUCCAGCCGGGGGUGGGAUGGACGGCCUGCUGGAUUUCUCCAAAGGCCCCACCGUGAAAACCGAGCUGGUGUGCAAAUGGACUGAGCGAACUUCUUCGAAGCCGAGGCUCGGGCGGACGGCGACGUCCGUCUGCGAGCAAACUUUCAGCUCCAUGCCCGAGCUCGUGGACCACGUCACCAGCGAGCACGUCGCGGCGGGGCUCGAGAGCCUCAGUCACGUCUGCAUGUGGGACGAGUGUCUGCGCGGCGGGAAGGCGUUCAAAGCCAAAUACAAACUCAUCAACCACAUCCGCGUGCACACCGGGGAGAAGCCCUUCUCGUGCGCGUUUCCCAACUGCGGCAAGAUGUUCGCACGCUCCGAGAACCUCAAGAUCCACACGCGCACGCACACGGGUGAAAAGCCAUUCCAGUGUGAGUUUUGUGAGAGGCGCUUCGCUAACAGCAGCGACAGGAAGAAGCACUCGCAGGUCCACACCGCUUCAAAGCCCUACGACUGCAAGGCCCUGGGCUGCACCAAGUCUUACACCCACCCCAGCUCACUGCGUAAGCACAUGAAGAUCCACGUCAAGUCGUCGCCUACCUCUGACCACCAGGACUUGUACAGCUUUGGCCAUCACCACCUCCAGCAACCUGUCCUCGAACCCCUCGACCUGAAAAUGACCCACUUCACUUCGUCGCUUGCCAACAGGAGUUCUCAUUUCCCACUGUUGACCACUCACCAGUUAGAUCUCAGCCCUAGCAACGACAUAAGCGGUAAGGUGUUGCUGCGGAGUUCGUCUCCGGUGGCCAUGCCUCUGGAUCUCUCUCUGUCGGGCCUCAAGAGCCAGCUGAGCCAGAAGCAGCAGAGCUCCAGGACCCCCCGGCGGAGCCAGCGCUCGGUGAACCCGGCCUUAACUCAGCUGUCAAACAUUAAGGAGUGGUACGUUUGCACGAGGACUACAGCGCCACACUUUCCACUGCUUCACCCAGACCACAUCAAGACAGAACGCAGCGACGAGGACGACUACGUCACGUAGGGUGUCAGCAAUGGUUGCUUCAGACAGAACAAGCAGCUAUUUGCUCCUUCAUCAGUGGCUCCUGGCCAAGACUUUCAUCAAACAUCAAGACAGUUAUUGUUUCACCAAACAACCCAUCUCUGAGAUAUGUGGACGAAUGCGGCGUCCAAAACAACAGCAGAAAGGUCACCCUGAGAUUCUGAAACGAAGUUUUACAGCUAAACGGUGGUUUUGUUAAGUCAAGAGUACCCAAGGAUGUUGCUUCCUAGAACUAUUUGAACAGGGUGUCUGAACUUCAGAACCAGUCUAAGGGCUGUGAUGUGUGAAGCAGUUUCAAGGGCUAAAGCGACAGCGAUGAAACAAGCCAACAGGCGGCCCGGCGUGUUCAAACAGCCGGCUUACGAAGUGCAGGGCUGUCAGAUCUGUCGAGGGUUUAGUAUUCUUCAAACAAACUGGUAGAGGUUUGGUUUGUUUGCUAAAAGAGUUGGAACCAGCUGGUCCUGCUGCCAGCUGGGAUUUCUUCGACAUGUUGUUAGAAGAGUCGACGAGCACUUUGUUUGAAGCAAACUGAGGCCUUUAGUAACAAAGAAUGAGUGGAAACCUGGUCAAAGUGUUACUGUUGUCACUACAACACGGUGGCAAGUGGUUUGGCUGCAGUUUGCCUAAGAAUUCAAUGCAUUCGGUACAAGUUCCCUUUCCUGUAGUAGAAAAAUUCAACAUUGCCAUGAGCUUGUCGGAAAAGGACAUCAGCACAACAUCUUUUAACAGAAUUAAAAACUUUCUUUAGGUCUUGGCUUGAACAACUUGAUAAGUUACAGCAAAUCAGGCAGAUUGAUGGAGUCAACAUCCAAGGUAAUGCUGCAUAAGAACACGGAUGUUGUUCUGCGCUCAAUGUAUUGUCUGUUAAAUCUGCAGUAUGUAACUUUUGUUGAAACUUUCACUGUGACAUGACAGUAUGUUAUGAGACACAAAACUUGAGCUCUUCUGCCCUCUCUCAGUGCUAGCUAGAUACAACCACUCAGUCAGGAGGCGGGUCUUAGUGCUGUCAAUCAUCCUUCUUGUGUCGCUACUUAACCCCGCCCCUCACUCUCUCUUUGCUCUUUGGCUGUAGCUUCUUCCUGAUAGCAGAUCCUGCUGUGAAUGCCCUGGCUAGUUAGCAUGGCCACAGAUGACUGCAGAUAAACGUUUUUUCUGUAACAGUAAGUUGUUUCUCUGCUAAUAGCAC